GAGAGACUCGUGUGAGUGCUUUAACGUUGGCGGGAUCGGAUACGGAGAGUGGGGCGUCCACAGCAGCCAGACCAGUCUGGAUGGGAUUUUUCUUUUUUUGAGGGGGGAGUUGUUGAAGGUUCCUUCCAUUUUUGUAUAUUUCUAUCAGUUUUUCAUUGUCAGAAAUGGCUCGUAUGAAUCGACCUGCCCCUGUGGAGAUCACAUAUAAAAACAUGAGGUUCCUCAUCACCCACAAUCCAACAAAUGCCACUCUAAACAAAUUCAUUGAGGAACUAAAGAAGUAUGGUGUGAGAACAGUGGUUAGAGUGUGCGAGGCGACGUAUGAUGCCAACUUGGUGGCCAAAGAGGGCAUCCAGGUUCUGGAUUGGCCAUUUGAUGAUGGAGCUCCUCCUUCUAACCAGAUUGUUGAUGACUGGUUGAAUCUGCUGAGGAUUAAGUUUAGGGAGGAGCCGGGCUGCUGCAUUGCUGUUCACUGUGUAGCUGGCCUUGGAAGAGCUCCAGUCCUUGUUGCCCUCGCUAUGAUUGAGUGUGGAAUGAAGUAUGAAGAUGCUGUCCAGUUCAUCCGACAGAAGCGCCGUGGAGCAUUUAACAGCAAGCAGCUCUUCUACCUGGAGAAAUAUCGUCCAAAGAUGCGUCUUCGCUUCAAAGAUUCAAACGGCCAUCGCAACAACUGCUGCAUCCAGUAGAGCUCAUACUGAAACCCUGCUGGAAACGCUCGGUCCAGAUAUUUCUGUAACGUGGGCAGUUAUUACUCAUAAUUGGUGAACAUGUAAAAAUAGUGAAAAGAUUAAAAAAAAAAAUUUACUUGAGUAUCCCCUUUUGUGUUUGUUUUACAGUGUGGCCUCUGUUGGCAAGGUCAGUGCUUGUUGUAUGAUCUUGUAUAAAUUUAGACAGAUGCUAAUUUGUUGCAUCGCUGAUUCCAGCCAUCGAGUUGUAAACAUAUAUUUUGUCAAGCUGUAACAGGAGUGCCCUCUGCCAAACAGUAUUUUUUUAACAACUGUACAACAGCAUAGAUAUCAUUUAAUCUUUAUUUUGUUUUUGAAGAUCUUAAAAUGCCUUAUUAAAAUGAAAGGAGGCCAUUUUGUGGGGAUGACUCGAUGGCAUUUGGAGAAGCUUCACUUGUGAAAAUGGCUGCAGAUAUAUAUAUUACACACACACGGCAGGAAAAUCAUGAAUUACAAAAAACAAAUUGUAUGUGGAAGGUAUGGGGAAUCUAGUUUGUGUUGUUUAUCCAAACUUCGUUUACUAAUUACUGCCAUGUCAAUAGUGUGAUUUGUGUUUUGGCUUCAAACUGGACCUCUGCGAUAUUUUGUAUGCCUUUUUAUUUGAUGUGCGUAACUUAAAAAUACUUGGAUACUUGAUUUCUGUACGGUAUUUGAAACGUGUACUCUUAGAUUGGCUAUUUAUACCGUCACUGGGUAUGUGUUAGUAUAGUGAGAGAAGUUGUAACUGUUCACUGAUGAGAGAAAACAAAAUAAAGGAAUACACUGAGGACACGA